AUGGCGAAACAGCGUGAGAGUUCGCAAAGAAAAGCUGCGGAAGAGGAACUGGCAACUCAAACAGCGAGAGGAAGCUCAAAAAUCAUUGUUCCUGGGACACCUCGUCAUAGUGGGAUAGGAGCGGGGCUUAGAGCGACAUCGACCCCAAAGAGACGUGCGGGAAUUUAG